AUAGGCACUUAUAGCUUGAGACUCCUCCCGGGAUAUACGAAACGAUACGGCCUUAUGUAUUUUUGCUCUUCAUUCCCUGCAAACUAUUAUUUAUUUCUCCGCCUUUUAAUUGUUUUCCACAUCAGACUCUCUUUAUUAAACGUACUACUCUUUGCCGGCAUAUGCUUUCGGAAAAACACCUGUCGGUCCAAAUCUAAAAAUAAUGUUUACAAACAACAAUCAUAGCAACAUCACACAAUACCCUAUGGCCAGUAUUAUUUUUGAUAUUUUUACUUUAUUCAAGGCUAUACAAGGAUACAAGGGUGGCUUCCGGUAACUCAAACUGCUGCUCAUUGUGGACAACAUGGCACACGUUGUGCCACGGCAAGAGGGUGGCUAGUAACUGUUGUUAACUAAAAAAGCACGAAAGAAACUCUUGCCCAAGAAAUACACCUUGCUUGACCAUUAAAACACAUGGCAUUUUUGGUAAAGCAGUUGGAGAGGGUGAUUCCUUUCAAAUCGAUAUGGAUAUUGCCCUGGUGACGACAUACAAGCGUUAAGCGUUGGGUGGUUUGUGGCAAAUGGCCAAGACAAAAGUUCAAUAAAAGUCCAAGCGAGUGGACGUGUGUGCUUGCGUCGCCUGAGGUGGUGAAGAAAUUUUGAAAAUUCAGAAGUUGCAAAGAAAAGUAGGACAUAAUUAAUAUGUAAUACCGGAAAAUAUUGGAAAAAGUUUCAAACAAAAGAAGAAAACAAAGAAAAAUAAUUUCCCUAUUAUGGAUUUAAGUCUGAGAGGAUCACAGAUAAAUUUGGUUAGUCGACAAAAACCCAAACCAAAAUUCAAUUCCCAGACGAAUCUUUUGCGGAGUUCGACAUCAUUACAGCGACCCAGUUCCCAGUUGAGACCACGUUCAGCCAGUUUUUUUGAUAGACGUUGCCAGAACUCUCCGUUUGCUUUUCGCCCGCAGUCGGCCGAUCCCAAAUUUGGUAGAAACUUCCAAAGUCCUUGCGGCUCGUUUAGCACAAACACAGAUUCGGAAUUUUCUAAUUUGAAUUUAAGCAAACGACGGCAGCAACGAUUCCAAUCAGUGUCUUCCUCGAAUCUUUUGAAACUGCUAUUGGACGAACCCAUUAAACGGCCAUGGCUGUGUAAGGAUAACUCUUCCACGACCCACAGUGAUGGUGAUGCCUCAAGUCGGGACAAUCAAUCGGAAUUGAGUUCAUAUCGACGAAGUGGCAGUUGCUCCAGUCUACACAAGCCACUGAAUAACGAAAAGUUUAUGACCACCCUUAGGAAUCCCAUGCGCAAAGUAACCUCGGCGCAAUCUAUGCAGCACACCAGCAAGGUCUCGAGCACUUCCACUAACCAUUCAUUUUACAAUCCUUCGGUAUCGGUGAAAAACGAUAAACCUGAUCUGCCAGGCAGGGUGUCGUUUUCGAAAUCUUCUUCCCAGCUCCAAAGUGAUAACGAUUCCAGUGAUUAUGAAAAUCCCUACUUUCACAAGCCACACAUAACCCCAGGCCCCGAAGAAGAAAGUAUUUCAGCUCCAGGCCCCGUAAAGCCAGAGGAUUAUAAUUUCAAAACCAAACAGGAAUUGGGUCUUAGCAAAGAAUUCUCCUCUUUGAGUCUCAAAAAGUCUGUGCAUUUUGGUUCUCCUGCCAAUGGUGAGGAGGUUGUGGCCGAAACAUUUGAAUAUCCCAAGUGUCCCUCGGAAAACUGUUCCUGCAGUACUCGGUCAUCUUCGUCGAGUAGCCUACAAGAUCCGCUUAGUCCCAAGUGUUAUUGUAAUCAACCAAGCUGUAAGUUUUACACGGAAUCUGUAGCCAAAAAUCAAACAGCAUCUGAAAUGGAUAAAACCCACACCGGAAACUCCCUUUCUCCUUCACAUAAAAUAUCCCGGGACCUCAAGGAGCCGGAAGAGUCCCAAGUCAUAAGAGACUACAAGAAUGCAGUGGGAGAGCAAUUGGAAAACUCAGUGGUUAAAAAUAUAUUAGAUGAAGGCGUGGCUAACAGCAAAACCUUGACCACCAAUGGCCUUAACAAUUUCGAAUUGCCCUCUUAUCUUUCGAAAUAUUCCCUAAACUCCCAUAGUUCUACGGAGGUUCUGGAAAAACCGAAUAACAUUGCGGAAAAGAACAACAGCCUCAGUAGCUUUAAAACGGAAAUUGCCAAAAAGGAUAUUUUAAAAAUGGACAAUAAAUUGGAAACUUCCCAGAGCGGUACGAAGAAGAGUUCGACGGAAUCGGUCAUUAAUAAUUAUCUUAAGGUGACUGCCUCCUCGGCUAACAUAAUUAAGAAAAAGGAAAACAACAAAAAUUCCGAAAAUGAGCAGAAAAAACCAGCCUCAGCCGCAACAGUGACUUCCUUGCAAAACAAAAAUAAUAAAACCAAAACCUCCCCGGGCUCCUCCAUUGCCCCUUUGACCCAAAAUAACAUUAAAAAGGCCAAAAGUUUUGGUAACUUACGUGAAGAUUCCAAUCUGCAAGAAUUCAACAUUGAUAAAAUCGAUUCCUGGAUGUCCAUGCAUGAGGAGGCCCAAAGCAAAAACAAAGGAGGGGGUGGUGUUGGUGGAGGAUUAACAAAACAUGGCUCCCUGGAUGAUUCAUUUGAAAAGUUUACUCGAGAGACACUUGACGCCAUGGACGCCGAUGGCGAAGAGGAACCGGAUGAGGAAGAUAAGAAUUCAUUGAAAUCUCUGGAUCAUUCUCAGGAUGAUUCGACAUAUGAGGAAAUCGUAUCGGUCAUCAAGGAGAUCGAAGAGGAUAAGAAAAAGGAUAACUUAGCUGAACGCAUGAAUUCCGAAAUGGAUUUAAAGCUGAGUACCACACCCAGCGUGGGAACACCUCAUCCUACAAAUGAAUCCGAAAAGCCGCCAAAAUCUCCCGACAAAUUUAGAGAUAUUCUCAGUUAUCUGGACAAUGUGGAGGAUAGCUGUGAGAAGACAUUGCUUGAAACACGUAGAUCAAUGCCGGAUAGCAAUAGGACCGAAGUGGAGUUUGUGGUCGAACCGGACAUUGCAGAAGAUGUUCCAAAACUCUCCGAUCUGCUCAUGCUGCCCAAUCACCAGUUGGCACGCCGGGUAAUUGCAUUGAGUUUGCGAGCCAAUGAAUUGGCCAAUGCCGUCCAUCUGUCCAAGGAACAUGUCAUGAAGAUACGCACCGAAAAACAAAAGACCAUUCGCGCAGAAAAGGCAAAUUCCGCCAAUCGCAUGAAGGAACAGAAGAAACACUAUGAAACGAUUGUGAAGCGUCACCAGGGAUUUAUAGAACAGCUAUUGAAAGAUAAGGGAUCGCUAUGUGAAAAAGUGGCUGCCUUGACUCGCCGCUUGGAAAGUCAAAAUCAGGCCUGGGAACAUAAAUUGGAAACAGAAGUAGCUCGAGUGAAGGAAACCACAUUGGCGGGGGAGAAGAUAAGACGAGAACGAUGGGUUCGGGAGAAUACUAAAAAGAUAAAGGAGUUGACUGUCAAGGGUCUGGAAGCCGAGAUCAAUAAAAUGAAUUGUAAUCACCAACAACAAAUCACCGAGUUGAAGCGGGCCCAUCAACAACAGCUGCUGGAUGCCUUGGAGGAGGCCCGCCUGAAACAUGAACAGAUUGAGAAUAGCAUUCGGGAGUCAUGUGCCCAGGAUCGAGAGUCCAUAAUAAGCAAGGAAAGAAAUGCCAUAAGGGAAAGAUUCGAACGCCAACUGGAAGAGGAACGUAAAUCCUUCGAUGAGCAAAAACUGAAACUCUCCGAAGAUUACAACAAUGAAAAAGAACGUCUACAAAACGAACUAAAAGCAAAGGACGUGGAACUUCAGACCAAACGUUCCGAAUGGCAACGAGAAAAAGAAACGGAAUUGGAACAAGCCAUUUCCGAACUGCAAGAAAAGAUGUCAAAACAAGAAGAGAAAUUCCUAAAUCGUAUCAAUACCAUCGAAAAACAAUAUGAAGCCGAUUUCGAGCUAUGGAAAAAGGAAUACGAGAGUAAUUGUAAGUCGCAGCAGGCGGAAAAAGAGAAUGCGAUACGUCAACAUUAUCGCGCCGAGAGGGAUCGACAAAUCGAUGCCAUUGUCCAGCGCAUGGAUGCGGAGGCAUUGAAAAACAAUGAGGAGUUUGAAAAUAAGAUGAGUCGUUUGCGUGAGAAAUAUGAAAAGGACUUGCAGGAGUUGGAAAAUCUUGAGAAAUCGGUUAGAGAGAAAUACAAUGACACCAGAUCCAAACUGGCCGAGUCCGAUGCCCAGGUUCGCAACUUUCAGGCUGAGAUCAAGCAGCUGCAAAUUGAAUUGGAUCAUAGCAAGAAGAUGUGCUCCGAAUUGCUCAUGGAACGUGAUCAAUUGCGCGAGAAUCUUCGCAACGAAGUUCAGAGUGAGGUGCAGGCCCUGAAAAUGGAACGCGAUGAGGAAAUCCAAAAGAUUCACAAGAGAGUCCAACAAGCCAUUGAGAAAAAGGAUGCCACCAUUGAUAUUCUGCAAAAGGAAAAUGGUUCCUUACGGGAGCGCUGCCUUAAACUGGAGGCUGUUAUACGCCAACAACGUAAAGAUUAUUGUGUUAAGUAAGAUAAAGAAACGAAAUUAAACAAAAGAAAUACCCAGUGUAAACGAAUGAUAAGAAAAUGUUGAAAGCAUUUAAAAAAAUUAUGGCUCAAAAUAAAAAUAUAGAAAUAAGCAUAAGAA